AUGUAUGUUGGUGUAUUCGGGUACCCGCUAGUAAUAAUAGUCGUUCUAACAGUUCUCUAUAUCCGAGCGUUCAACAGUGAAGAAGAAAAGGCGGAUUUAGAACAACCUUACCAUCCAGCCGUCAUCAGCCAUGAUUAUUGCUUUUUGCAUCGAUUACGGCGCGUUAUUAUUAUACUGAUAAGAAAAACUCUAUCGAAAAAUGCCGAGCACAUGAGCGAGCGAACGGUUCAGCUGCAUAGGACUCUACUGAAAAGCCUUAUCUUCCAGACGCAACGGAAAGACAACAAGGUGAGUUAA